AUGGCUGCCGUCCACAAAAUCACUCUCCAAAAGGGUCCCCGGUCGUACUCCGCCUGGAGUUCUCAUUCUGAGUCACAAUUGACCCCCGCAAACUAUGACAGAGUUGUCAUCCUCUUGCAUGGAUUUCCUGACAACAACGAUUCGUACAAUGAGGUGGUUCCAAUAGUCCGCAAGCACUUCCAUUCCGACAAUGUGUUGACGGUGUGUCCUUUGUUGCGUGGGUAUGAGAAAUCGUCUUUUGCUCCUCAAGACCAGUAUAACAUGGCUGACAUGGCUGGAGACACUCGUGAUUGGAUCUUGAAGCUUGUCCCCAACAAAGAAGUGCCAGUCCACAUUGUUGGUCAUGACUGGGGUGCCGUAAUUGCCUUCAAAACGGCUUCAAUGUAUCCGGACGUGAUCACAUCGAUGGUAACCAUGGCAAUUCCAUACAUCACCAACUUGAAGCCAUGGCAGAUUCUCUGGUAUGCUCCUCGUCAGGUUUAUUGCCUGAGCUACAUGCUUACCAUGCAAUUUGCCUUGGUGUACCGUGCCAAGUUUGGCAAUUUGUCUGAGCCUGGCUAUUUGGAUCAGUUGUGGCAGUACUGGUCUCCAGGAUGGGAAUAUGGCAAGGCAAUCGAUUCUGUCAGAGAUACAUUGGGACUGUCUGGAGUUCUUGAUGCGGUCACUGCUUAUUAUCGUAAUACCAUUUCUUGGAAAAACAGAAAGGACAAAUGGCAUGUCGACUUCAGCCAGGUGCCUACUCUUAUCCUUGGAGGAGAAAAGGAUGGAUGCAUGGUUCCGGAAUUAUUUCAUUUGGAGGCACAGAUAUUGGCCCCUGUUCCUCGAGUCAAGGUCCAGCUUUUGUCAGGAGUUGGCCAUUUCUUACACAGAGAAGAUCCAGUGAAGGUUGGGGAAUUAAUCUGCGAUUGGUUUGACAAGUACCGGGAAUAA